AUGCGCGGGUUGUUCUGGGCAGCAGCAGCACCCAUCAUCAUCUCAAUCCUCUGGCUCUACACCAGCGUCCUCACCUCCUCAUUCCCCAUGCUACGCAACAAGCGCAUUUGCCUUUUGAUCGCCCACCCGGACGACGAAGCAAUGUUUUUCGCCCCUACUGUACUCGCACUCACAAACCCUUCACUCGGCAACCACGUCAAAAUCCUGUGCCUCAGUUCUGGAGACGCCGAUGGCUUGGGUCACAUCCGCAAGCAAGAAUUGGUCAAGAGUGGAUUGUUACUGGGCUUGAGAGAUGCAGAUGACGUGUUGGUGUUGGAUGAUGAGAGGUUUCCUGAUUCAAUGACCCAGGUGUGGGAUAGUAAGGCCAUUGCCAGUUUAUUGGCUUCGACAUUUGCGCCCAAGAUGGCAAAGAUGGGAGCGAAAUCUACUCCUGAAGCAAGCAUUGAUGUCUUGAUCACUUUCGACGUGGUGGGGGUUUCUUCACAUCCAAACCAUAUCUCGCUUUAUCACGGUGGCCUUGCAUUUCUGAAGCAAAUAAUGCAGAAGCAUUCAGGUUGGGAGAACCCGAUCAGAAUGUAUACGCUAUCUUCGACCAACAUGGUCAGGAAGUAUGCGAGUAUCCUGGAUGCGCCAUUGACGAUUGCAAAAACCGCAUUUGCCAAAAAGGAAGCUGGCGAGUUUCCUACUCCGCUCUUGGUCGUCAGCGGUAUAGGCAGCUACAGAAAAGCACAGAGAGCCAUGACAAAAGCACAUGAGAGUCAAAUGAGAUGGUUCCGCUGGGGUUGGAUCAGUAUAUCGAGAUAUAUGGUUUUGAACGACUUGAAGAAAGUCAAGGCUGUGUGGAGUCGAAGCAGCUGA